AGUCGCUUUUGCCCAUCCCCCCCCCCCCCGCCUCCGCGGCGGCGGCCGGCCGAGCGAGCCGCAUGGGGGGCGGCGGGGACGUCUCCUCCACGCUCGCGGAGCUGCGCGGCGAGCUCCGCUGCGUGGGCAGCCGCCUCGCGCGCGUGGAGGCCCUGCAGAGGCAGUGGGGCGACCCGCUCAGCGAGUGCGGCGCCCUCCGCCGCGGGCUGCGCGCGGAGCUGCUGCAGGAGGGCCUUGCCGCGCGGGACCACCCGUACGCCGCCGCGGGCGCGACCGUGGCUCGCGGCGCCCCCGGCGGACACGUGGCCCACGUGGCCGCCACGGGCGACGCGGGCGCUGGCGGGCGGCUGCCCAUGCUGACGGCGCGGGCGCCGCCGAGGAAGUCGGCGGACCCCUCCCUGCUCGCCGCCGCCGAGGCGCAGGUGGGGGGGGGCUGGCCAGCACUCGCCGCCGAGCGCGGCGGCUCGUGCGGCCUGCAUUCCGAGGCGGAGCUGCGGGCCCGGUCGCUGGUGGGCGCACCGGCGCCGGCGUUGCCUUGGAGCGGCCCCCUGCCACUUGAUGGUGCGUGGGCGCAGGCCGAUGGCAAGGCACGGCUUGCGGGCGCCAGCGGCUGUGUGGAUGGCAAACUGUCGCCGUCGCUUUGCUCCGCCCACAGUUUCUCGGUCGAUGCCAAGCCCGAGAGAGCCGAGUCGAAGCAGCGAGCAUCAAAGAGGAGCGUGACGGGGAAUAAGCUGAUGGCUAUGCUGGGGCACAGGGGGAUGUCAUACAGGUCAUCCGUCGUUUCGUCGGAGGAGCCCACGUCAGGCUGGAUGCGGAAGAUGCUUUGGAGGCUGAGGCAUUAUGAUGGUGGCGCCGUCAAUGUGGUCAUGGCUGCUGUGAUAUUUUCAAGUUCCAUCAAUGUCGGACUGGAGAUCGAAUGCGAAAUGGAAGGCGCGGAGCGCUGCACGGACAUCACGAAAAUUCUGGAGCAUGUUUUUUGUGUAAUCUUCGUGUUGGAGCUAGCCAUCCGCUGCCUGGUCGAAGGCCCUGCCGCCUGCAGGACAGCGUGGUUCCAGUUCGACACGGUCCUGAUCUCCGUAAGCGCGCUCUCCGUUUGGGUGCUGCAGCCGAUCGUCGCCGCGAACUACGACAGCAACGAAUCCGCUGCGUGGGCGGACGCCAUCUCCCAGGUGACCAUGCUGCGCACCCUGCGCAUCCUCCGCCUGCUCCGCGUCCUGCGCCCGCUGGAGCAGUUCCACGAGCUGUGGAAGCUCGCGACCGGCCUGCUGAGCUCCCUCCGCACGGUGCUCGCGGCGUUGACGAUGAUACUGAUGACCCUCUACGUCUUCGCUUGCUUCGGCAUGGAGCUGGUCAACUACAGCGCGUCCCAGGGGGACGACUCGGCCGCGGUAGCUGUGAUGCAGGAGCACUUCUCCUCGGUGUAUGUCACCAUGCUCACGCUGAUCCAGUUCGCUACCGGGGACGGCAUCGCGGACGUGUACUGGCCUCUGGUCAUGAAGGCAUGGUACUUGAGUUUCUAUUUUAUGGCCAUUUGGCUCAUUGUGACAGUUGUGCUGAUGAAUUUGGGGCCGGUGGCUCACCGCCGUGAUCGUGGACAACGCCAUCGCGCAGGGCGGCCAAGAUCGGGAGCUGCACCGGCGCACGCUCCGGCGCAAGGUGCAGGAGUUCAAGCCCUUCAUAAAGAGCAUCUUCGAAGAGCUGGACUUGUCCAAGGAUGGCAACCUCAACGCAAACGAGAUCAAGCACGGGAUGCAGGGCGUCCUCGCGGCGCUGCGGCGCGAGAAAAACGGGCAGUUCAAGAACAUGCCGCAGGAGCUCAAGGACGUUCUGGAGUCGGACCAGUUCAUGGACCUGUUCGAGUUCCUCGACAUGGACAGAUCAGGCACCAUCGACUCGCAGGAGUUCUUCGAGGGGGUCUCUUAUCUGGCCCUGCAGUCCAUUCCCACUGAGACCAUUCAGACGUUGCACCUCUUGCGUUCGCAGCAGGCGAAACUGGAUCAGAUCGAGACCGACUUCAAAGGAUACGGUAAGAUGCUGGCUUCUAUUUACCAGAGAGGAUCCGACACCCCCGGUAAAUUCAGCAGCACAUGCAUCUGCCACGGCGAAGCACUGCAGCAUUCGGCCCCGCCAUCGACCACGUGGAACUUGUGAGCUGCGCCCGCCGCUGCUGCGCGUGAGCGGCGCCAGGCUGCAGGGCAGCGCCAUCGGGCCCUUCUCGUGGACGAGCCCUGCUCAAACUCGGCCAACCAGAGCUCUGGACCACUGCCCCAGGGCCGGUUUGCCGUCCUUGACUCGUUUUUUGACGCUCCCGAGGCCCGGCGGGGGCGCCUCCAGGCCGCCAGCUGCCAGAGCCCCGCCGCUCCCGUUUUUUCUCGGGGGGCCCGCGCGAGCACCUCUGCAGGGACCCCCCUCGCGGCCAGACGUCCGCCGAUAUGAUGUCGUCGGUUUCCGAAAUCGCCCACAUGUGGAUGUAGGUGCGCCUUACGCCGUUUGCAGUUGUUCAGACAUGUGACCCGGGCCUCCUUGCUCACGACUUCUGAUUCCUGACGCGGACUGUGUGCAGAACCACAGCCCAAAGUUGGCCAUGAGCAACUUCGGAGCGACUUCGCAUACACCUCCCAAGGGAUCGGAGCUCCCCCCU